AUGGUGAAUGUAUCAGCUGAUAUUCAGUGGCAAAUUAUCCGAAAAACAUCUUCAUUUCUGCGCCGACAACGUGGAAUUCCGAAACAUUUUAGUAGGGAACGUUUCAAUAUAAAGGGUGUGAACAGUAUUCGUUUCAAUGGAUUGGUUCACAAGAAAGGUUUGGACAUCCAAGCAUCACCUGAUGGUAAAGGUAUUGUAGUGGCAGUGAAGAAGCGAAACUCCGACAACAUAUUUUGCAAAGUGCACAAGAAACAAAGGAAGGAGGAUGAGAAUCAGAGAGCAGAUGUGAUGAAUAUAACUUUUGAACUCAUGUCACUUCCUAUAAGGCUAUUAGCUGAUCGGUACAUGAAAGGCUUACGUAAGACCUAUUUUCCAAGUAGGUCGAAUGUGUCCGUUACGCUGAAGAAGAACAGUCGUAAAUCAUUAAAGAGUGUGAAAAAUAUUGCCCGUAGUUACCAAAAUGCACAUAAAGGGUUGGUGCAAAAACGUGCUUCGCAACUACUUCGUUCAUUGAAGCCAGUAGCAUCACGUCGUGGGCGACAUGUGCGUAAAGCAGAAGUCUGA